AUGUACACGGCGGCGGCGGGUGUCGUCUUGACACACGUCGCGGUCUUUAGCGUGGACUUGGUCAUCGGCUUGGUGCAGUACUACGCGCGAGGCAAGACCAUGGCGCCGCUCCCAAUGAUGCUGCGUGGCCUCAAGGAGAUGAUGAACGCCACCUACAACGCGAUGCUGAGCGCAUACCUUGGAACGAUCCUGCUCUCGCCUGGGCCUGGCACGGAUGCGAUGAUCCUCAUGUGGCGGCAACGCGACCCGACCACAGCAUUUCUCUACCUCUUCGAGCUCGGGCAGGUCAUGCUGCGCGUCGCAGGUCUCGUCGGCCUCGCUGGCCUCGGCCUCGCAUCGCCGCAAUGUCGUCUUGAGCCUCCUUGGCACUUGGCGCCCACGCGCGUCGACGAGUACGUCGUAGUCUUCGAGUCGCGCAUCGUACGCCAUCGCGCACCCGCCUACCCGACCGACUUUGUGCUAUGGCAGCUCCGAUCGCCUGUGGCACCGCGCGGUAUGUCGCUGGAUCCGCGCCGCUAUGGCCCGUCGCGCGCCGACGCGCUGGCGUCGUUGCGAUUGCACGCCCAUGGCCUCAAGUCGCUGAGCCGCAACACGCGCCUGUCGCUCGCACCGCAAUCGGAAAUGGCCGAUGCGACAGCUGACCCACCGUCGCUGCCACCGCCGACAGCGCUCGGCGCCAUCAACGGCAUCGACCACGUCGCCGAGCUCUGGGCGCGCAACAUUACAGGCCAAGGCGUCAAGGUCGGUAUCUUUGAUACCGGGCUCGCACCGUCGUCGCGGUCACUCUUUCGCCACGUCCACGACAUCUCCAACUGGACCGACGAAGACGACCUGACGGAUGGCAACGGCCACGGAACGUUUGUGGCCGGCGUCAUUGGCGGCGUGGUCGACGGUUGCCCGGGCCUCGCGCCGGACGCAGCCAUCUACGCAUUCCGCGUCUUUAACACCGACGGCGCCGUCUACACGUCGUGGUUCCUCGAUGCGAUCAACUACGCCCUCUUCCUCGAGCUCGAUGUGCUCAACUUUAGCAUCGGUGGCCCCGAUUUUAAAGACACGCCGUUCGUGGACAAGAUCGCGGAAGCCUCGGCCCACGGCCUGAUCGUCGUGUCGGCCGCCGGCAACACGGGGCCGUACUACGGGGUCGUGACCAACCCGGCCGACCAAGUGGAUGUCAUUGGCGUCGGCGGGCUCACCGCCGACUUGGCGCACCUCGCACCGUUUUCGUCCCGCGGCCUCACCACGUGGGAGACGGAUGUCGGGUAUGGCCGCGUCAAGCCCGAUGUCGUCGCGCUGGCCGAGAACGUCUUGGGGCCCACCCGUGACGGCGCGUGCACGGCACUCAACGGCACGAGCAUGGCGGCGCCGCUUGUCACGGGAGCGAUCGCCCUCUUGCUCUCGGCCAUGACACCCGCCCAGCGCCUGCGCUACGGCCACGUCGGCUUUCUCAAGUCGCUUUUGCUGCAGUCGGCGUCCCGCCUGCCGUCGCAUUCGCGCGGCAACUCGAGUCUGCACAACGAGUGGCACCACGUCUACGAACAAGGCGCGGGACGACUCAACCUGACGCGGGCGCUUGCCAGGAUGGAGAGCCUUAUGGCGCCGCGGCCGACGCUCUUGCCCGCGUCGCUCGACCUCACCGACUGUCCGUACAUGUGGCCCCAUUGCCGCCAAGCCUUUUACUUUGACGCGAUUCCGAUCGUCUUCAACAUUACGCUGGUCCAUCCCACGACCGCCACCAGUCGGUUCGCAUCGCCACCCGUGUGGCUCCCCGGACUUAACGGCGAUCUGCUGACGAUUACGACAUCAGGCACCGAUCGUGUCAUACACCCGUAUACCGGCGCGAUUGGCGUCCAUGUGUCGGUGGCCAUUCCCGUCGCGUCGCCGGUUCUUGCCGAAGGCCGGCUACGGCUGACGCUCACCGAUGCAAGGAGCGUCGACCUGCCAUUGCGCAUUCCAUUGCAGCCGACGCCGCCCAAACACCAGCGCAUCUUAUGGGACCAGUUCCGGAACCUCCAGUACCCAUCCGCGUACAUUCCAAAAGACGAUGUGCUCGGCGUCGACCCGUUCGACAACCACGGCGACCAUGUGCACACCAACUUUGCCGACCUCUGGCUGUCGCUGAUCGACGCAGGGUACGCCGUCGAAAUCGCAAAUGUCGACUAUACGUGUCUGUCACUGGCGUCGUACGGCGCGAUCCUGGUCGUUGACCCGGAAGAGCCGUGGUUCGAGGCCGAGCAAGACUCUCUUCGCGCAAGCGUGCAGCACGCCAACACGUCCCUCUUCCUUGUCGGCGGCUGGUACAAUGAGGCAGCGAUGGCGGCGCUCGAGCUAUGGGACGCCAACACGCUGAGCUACUGGCGACCGGUCGUCGGUGGCGCCAAUGUCCCUGCCAUAAACGCACUCUUAGCGCCGUUUGGCAUUGCAUUUGGCACGUCAGUGUGGUCGUCGCUGCCGCGCACCGAUGGCGUCACCGUCGUCUCGAGUGCGCCGCUCGUCCGGUUUCCAGUCGACGGCCACGUCUACUACACGCCGCUGCGCAAUGUCACGCUGGCAACGAUGCGCCGUCCAAUGACCACGCCCGCGUGGGAGUCGGUGCCGAUUCUAGGCCAUUACCAGAUCCCAGACGGCGGUGGUCGCAUCGUCGUCAUGGGCGACGCCGCGUGCAUGGACGCAAGCAGCGCGCAAACCCUCAAGUGCUAUGACGUGGUCCUUGAGCUCAUGCAGUAUGCGACGACAACGGAGCUGCCGGCGACGCGAGCGGAUCGGUGGGUGCAUCUGGCGUCCAACCCGCUCGUUGCUUCGAUAGCGCCAGUGACCUCGCAGCCAUCGACCGAGCUAUGGAAGCAGAGCAAAGUUGUGGGACCAAAUAAGAAGCCCGGCAUGUGUCGGCCCCAGCAAACAACGUAA